AUGGCUCCUUUCAACUUGCUCGCAGUUUCUCUCCUCGGAUGCUUGUCCAGUCUGGCACUGGCAGCUCCUACCCCAACCGUCAAUGACGCAAACUUGCUGGGCAAGCGCGCCGGUGUCAAUGAGGUCGCUCAUGGCUAUGCCAGCCUGAACGGCGGCACCAACGGUGGUGCCGGUGGUACUACUACCACUGUCUCCUCUUAUGCUGCUUUCACCUCUGCAGUCAAGGGCGAUGCUCCCAAGGUCGUCUACGUCAAGGGCCCUAUCACUCAGAAGGCCGACCAAGUCCGUGUUGGAAGCAACACCAGCAUCAUUGGCAAGGACGCUACUUCCAUCUUGACCGGCUUCGGUCUUCUGGUCAAGGAACAGAAGAACGUCAUCAUCCGCAACCUCGGCGUGAAGAAGGUGCUUGCCACAAACGGCGACGCCAUUGGUAUUCAAAAAUCCACCAACGUCUGGGUCGACCACUGCGAUGUCUCUUCCGACACCCAGCACGGCAAGGACUACUAUGACGGACUUAUCGAUAUCACCCACGCUGCCGACUACGUGACCAUCUCCAACACUUUCAUCCACGACCACUACAAGGCCUCUCUGAUCGGACACUCCAACAGCAACAGCGCCGAGGACACCGGCCACCUGCGCGUCACCCAGAACAACAACUUCUGGUACAACAUCAACUCGCGCGGUCCUUCCGUCCGCUUCGGAACCGGCCACAUCUACAACAACUUCUACCUCGAUGUUUCCGACGGUGUCAACACCCGCAAGGGCGCCCAGCUUCUGGUCGAGUCCAACAAGUUCGUUGGCAGCAAGAAGCCCCUCUACUCUACCGACAAGGGCUACGCUGUGGCCAACGACAACGACUUCGGUGGUGCUUCCAACAAGGCUUUGGCUGGAACCCUCAAGUCCGUUCCCUACAAGUACACCCUGCUUGGAUCCUCCAAGGUUGAGGCCGCUGUGUUUGGUACUGCUGGUCAGACCCUUGUCUUCUAA